AUGACUACUAAAGAUUUGCGAAGAUGCAUCGUCAAACUCAGCUGUCUCUAUCCACCUACACCGUCAAGACUUCCUCCAGAAAUAGUUUGUUCUGCAGAACGAAAUCCGAAGUUUAGACAAGAAGGCGAUAUUUGGAUGUUUGGUUUACUGUGCUGGGAAUGUCUGACAUUAGGAGCCGAGCCGCAUUAUCAAAGGACUAGUGAGGAAAUUCAGCGGUGCUUCCGUCUUCCUGACCGCGGUCUUACAUGCCCACAAGGGUGCCCGUUAGACGUAUGGUCCCUGGUCAUGGAAUGUCUUUCGGAAGCGCAUCGUCGUCCACGUUUCACUGGUGCCACGCCCGAUCUUGUUGAACGAAUGCAAAUGCUACGCAAUUAUUACGCGCAAUCGAUGGAUUGUCUGCAUCCGGUGCCAAAUAUAGGCAAUUGUACA